UUUUUGUUUUUCCGCUACGUGGUGCCACAAUUCAGCAAAAUGCGCUAUUUGGUUCUUUGUAUAACCAUAAGCGCUGCAAUCGUUUUAGGCGAAAAUUAGUCAGUCAGAUCAGAGACGCAGUUGGGAUAGUUUGUACUAGGUUCGGUGGUGGAUCUGAUAAUUUUUAGUAUCUUAAUAAUUUCUUCAUAAUAUUUCGUUGAACAAUUGUGCUAAUUGUUGGUAUAAAUAGCGUUGUUUCUGUGGAAACCUUAUGUUCCAGGGGAUUGUGCAACCACAAAAGUUUCGAUCCUCCACUAUAUGUCGAUUUUUUGUGUGCGUGUACAAAUUUCUUUUUAUAGUUUGUGGCAACUUACAACAAGUUAAAGUGGUAAAAAGGGGCAUUUAUUGGGUGCUCCAAAGGUUUAUUUGUUACUUAAUUUAAUUUAUUACCCUCUGUUAACCAGGGUGUAUAGAAAAAUAGUGAUCAAUUUUGCAUAGCGAUAGAGUGAAGAACUGGAAAAGAAAGAUGGUGACUGUGUAAGAUAAAUUCCUCACCACAAGUAUUCAUAUUUCUGAAAGAAAACUAUAGAGAGUGAGAACGGGCAAAUUUUCCCAUUGAGUUUCUUGAGUUUCUGCGUAGGUUUUUCUGUCGCGGUCACUCCAUUUUUUUUUCUAUACGCGUAUAGCGCAAGUGCAAAAGACUUACCAUAAUUUCCUGCAACGAGAAAUUGGUGAGGUGUGCAUUUGUUCCGGGGAUUACAGCAAUAUGGCUCUAAAUAACAGCAACAGCAGCGGAAGUAAUAACAAUCUUAGCAAUAAUAACAACAAUAAUAACGAAUCCGACAAUACAAAGCAGGGAAAUUUAGUCGUUAGAAUGGAUGAAGACUCUGCCACCAAACUGCAAGCAUUAUUUGACACAGUGCUAAAACCCAGUGAGCAAAAUCGCCCUUUACAGAUUCCCCUUCGGAUGCGAAAAUUGCCCAAUUCUUUCUUCAAUCCACCAUCAACUGGAUCAAAAUCACCCUCUGUGUCGCAUUCACGAGAAAAUAGUAUUGAUUCAGCAUUUGGGUCAGGAACCACCAUUGUGUAUGCACCAGGUGGUGGAAGCGGAAGUGGGACAGGAACUGCUAGUUCCGUUCUUACACAGCGUUUAUCUAUUAGCCACUCACGGGCCCACAGCAGUCCAGCUACUCUUGAACAAACUCACGCAGCCGGUCUGAAAUCUGUCACGGGUGCAACAGGUUCAGGGAAUUCUACGAGUCAGACACAGGCACAAACACCCUUAAAAGCUGUACAUGCUUCACAGCGAAGUUACGAUGUAAUCAGUGCCAUUCAGCUACAAGAUGAACUCGGAGAUUUGCCGCCAGGAUGGGAACAAGCUAGAACGGCUGAAGGACAAAUAUACUAUCUCAAGUAA